CCCGCACACCUCUUUAUAAAACGUGUUCGGAUGGCAGCAGGGCUAUUUUGAGAGUUCGUUUGCUUGUGUUUUGUGUUAGGUAGGACUUUCUUUAUUCACCGGUUUUUUUCUCCACUAGGCUGUCGUGUCCAGGUCGUGCUAGCUAGCCACUCUGCCAACAACCCAGGAGCGUCUUUAUUACCUUUUUCGAGUUUUUCCCGAAGAAAUGGCCGACUGGAGGGCGCAGUUAAGCUACAAUUACAACCCACCUUACCAUGCCUAUGCGUACGGUCUCAUGUACCAAGCCGGACCCGAGCAAAACCAUGGGAAUCUGGGCGGCUGGGUGGAGGCCGGAGUAAACGAGCUGGGCAGCUACAACUCCGGGAUGACACCGGCCUUCUACGCCGGCGCCAGCGGCAGGACGCAGGAGGAGUCCCCGCCCCAGAGCCCGGACCAGCGUGCUGUGAGCGGUCACGGGCACUACCAGGGCUCCGGUGUUGUCUACCUCAGCAACACCCAGGCAGGCCACAUUUUCCUGUCCGCACCCCAUCGGUCUGCUUAUGACACACGGGAAAACGAGCCCGGACGUGCCGGGAGCGACUCGACCAGUGACUCGGAGGCGCACACUUCUCCUGAUUCGUGGAGUUCUGCCAGUAGCCGAGAAGGGAGUCUCCCCCAGGCAGACCCUACUACGUGGGCAAAGAGAGAUCUUGAUGAUGAGACUGACAGAGGGAGUCCCGAUGUCAGUGAAGAUGUUUCCAGCUCUAUGGGCGAGGAGCCGCACUGCUUUGCUCUUUCAGGGAACCAGAGCACAGACGCCCCUACCCCCCUGCCUGUACCUUUGUGUACCCCAAAGAAGUCAAGCACUACUGCUGUAACUAAUGCUAAAGGGAAGGCGAGGACAGCUUUCACAGAGAGUCAGAUGAACACUCUGGUCCAGCGCUUCAGCGUCCAGAGGUACCUCACUCCGGCCGAGAUGAAAAAGCUGGCAGGACUUACGGGGCUGACCUACAAGCAGGUCAAGACUUGGUUUCAGAAUCGAAGGAUGAAGCUGAGGAGGCACCAGAAAGACACCAGUUGGGUGUCUGAGCGCUACAACCUCAACAAAGACAGUCCAAACACUGCCACCACCUUCACCAACAUGCCCCCAAACAUCCAAGCAUAUCAAGGAGAAGCACAGGCCCACAUCCAGGAGCAGUACAACCAGCAGAUGAGAGAUGCAGCAGCUUUCAAGACAAGAGCCCCGCAGAACCUAGCCUACUACCUGGCAGCCAUGGGUGCUGCUGGAUCUGCUGGCUACCCCUCUUGGUCCUCCACCCCACCCCAGACUGCAGCUGCCACCAGGCCCCAGGCAACCAGCUGGCAUGCGACCCCGCCUGCGGGUCACUACGAAUACAACCCCAACGCAUUCAGCACAGCCAGCAUCACCACUGCAGCAAACACCAGUGUGCACAAUACAAGCUGCGACAGCAAAGAUGGGGAGCCGGCCCAUGCCAGCAGCCCCUUACAAAUGGCCAUUGUGCAUAACACCAGCCAGUAGAUGCUCAGUCUAGGUUUUGUGGGCCUAAAAUCUGUUCUGUCAAUGUUACCUUGCUUUUAUAUAUCCCACAUACCACAUUAAUUUUCAAGAAAUACCAAACCUGUUGGCUGAGUUGUUUGGAUUUGCAGCUGGGUGUACAUAAGCAUUGUUAAUACUCAUGUUCAUAACUUUUACUUCUUUUAUCAGAAGUUUUAUUUUUAUACAAGAGUAUUUAAUGUACGUUGAAGUUUAUUCUUUGCGCUUGGAGCUCCUUUAACAGGACAAGGUCUUGCAUAGGUCCAAGUUGGACAUGUUCAUCGUGUUACAAUAUUUUUGGUGAAUUGUUCCAAUGCAAAGUACUAAGAUCGAAUAUGUUCACAUUUUCAUGGAUUUUAUUAUUUUUUUACUCUUUGGAAUAAACCAGUUCUCCAGCACCUUGAA